UACUUAGUCGGCCUUUAACCAGAAUGUACAAAUUGUCGGAGCUGCUGCCGAUAUUGGGCUUAGCGAUUACGGUAAUUGUCGAGGUACAGGCGGAUGGAUAUUAUACUAUAACGUCGCCGGGCAGCAUAAGACCCAAUACUAAAUACAGUAUAUAUGUGAGUGUUUAUGAGGUACAGGACAAUGCGAGAAUCGGUCUCACUCUGAAGGGGCCAGAUUAUAGCAAAAAUACCGAAAUCGUGGUGCCACCUAAUUCCGGAGAAAGUGCAACUUUUGAAUUCGGUGAUAUUAAAAAUGGCAUAUAUACAUUGAUAGCGCAGGGACUGUCGGGAAUUAUUUUUGAAAAUUCCACGAAUCUGGAAUACAUAGAAAAUCUACCAAUGGUAUAUUUGCAAACUGAUAAGGCAUUCUACAAAUUCGGAGAUACCAUACAAUUUCGUGCAAUAUUCCUAGAUCAGUACUUGCUACCAGCGAAGGUCAACCAACAAAUAUUUGUUGUAUUAAAGGAUUCGCAGAACAAUACAGUUGAACGUUUUGAUGAUGUAGUGCUUAAUACCGGUGUAUACAAGGGAAAACUUAAGUUAGCUGAGCAAGUCAUUGCGGGCGAAUGGUCUAUACAAGCGUUUGUAGGGCAGCAAAUGUUGGCGGAAAAAAUUAUCGAGGUGAAAGAUUAUGAACCGCCAUCAUUUGAAGUAGCCUUGGACAUACCCAGUCAUGUGACUUUAAACGAGAAUGAAUUCGUCGUAGGUGUACGAGCGCGCUAUGACGCUAAUAGUCCUGUAUCAGGAAGCUGCGUAUUGAAUAUAAUUCCAGAAAAAAAGCGCGCCAUAAGAAUGAUACAUCAACUUGAAAAUGGGAAUAAGGAAAUACCAAUAUAUAUGUAUGAAAUAGGUAGAAAUAUACAAAAUGUUAUUGUAAAUGUCACAGUUGAAGAUACAGUACAUAAUAUACGCACCAUUUCAAAGGUGGUAAGAAUUGUACCACAUCUGCAUGUAAUAAGCAUGCCAUCAAUGUCAUAUGAAUGCCAUGAACCAAAUGAAGUAUUCCUAUAUCGCGCUCUUAUUUACAAUUAUAACGGCGAUCCGAUUGAUGUGGAUGAUAAUGUGCUAGUAACGUUGAAUCCGGGUACCAAUGGCGGCGCUGAGACAUUUGUUAGCCACGUCAAUGAUGAGGGUUAUAUUGAUGUGAAAAUUGAGUGCUCUAAUUAUAGAACCAUCAUUGUAACUAUCAAUUACGAAGACUCACAAAAAUCGGGAAAAAUUGAACUAAAGCAACGAAAUGAUAACAGCAAGGAAGGAAUUCAUGUUAAUACACAGUUCCCAACUAUUGAUGGGCCCAUGGAAGUGCAUUUAGCAUCGCGAGAGCCAUUCUCCAGUUUAGUUUGUGUGAUUGUUGGACGUGGUAAUAUUGUAUAUAGUAAUAUUAUUGAAGUUCCCAACGGCGGCUGGAGCCAAACACACACUUUCUUUAUAACACCGACUUAUGAAAUGAUGCCGGAAGCGCAUAUGUUUGUGAAUUUUAUAAAAAGCGGCAAAAUGGUUUCCUAUGAAACAACAUUUUCGGUAAAGAGCGAAUUCAAAAAUACGCUCACCUUCGACACACCAGAAAUCAUCAAACCGGGUACUAUUCUUUCUUUAAGUAUAUUUACUGAACCAAAUUCUUAUGUUGGUUUAUUGGGUAUGGAUAAAGACGCUUUAAUGUUACAAACAGAAAAUAAUUUGAAUACCAGAAAAAUUUUCAAUGAUUUAUCAAAUGUGCAAUCUAAGACACCAAAAGCGUAUUUGCAUAUAAACUCCCCGUAUCCAGGUGAAACUGCUGGUCUUGUAACCUUGACAAAUGCCAAUUACUAUUUGGUACACGAACCUGUUGCGAAAGAGAAAAACCUCAUUUCAAAACAUUUCACGCCACGUAAUUAUUUCGAAACGUUUGCUUUCGUCGAUUAUGUAAGCGUUACUGGUUAUGAUGAAGUACCUACAAAGUUACCAACGACUUCCUUCAAAUCUUGGGUCAUAACAGGAUUUGCGCUUAGCCCAAAAACAGGAUUCACGCUUACGACUUCAUUGGCGAUGAAAACUGUGAAGAAUAUAUAUGUUGAUAUCGACUUGCCAAAUUUUGUGAAGAAGGGCAGAACUGUUAUUUUGGAAGCUGAGGUUUACAAUUACUUACAGAAGAGAAUGCGAUGCGCUGUUUCGUUGGAAAAUAAAAAGAAUGAAUUUGAAUUUGUUACGGAAAAGAAAUUCGCUAGAGGAAUUGCUUAUACGGAUGACAUUCAACCCGGAAAAUCCAAAAAAAUUGAUUUUCAAAUACGACCUAGAGUUAGGGGCAUGAUUACAUUGAAGGUAUAUGCUUCAUGCCCUCUCGCAAGUUAUGUGAAUAUUAAGAAGCUGAGAGUUUUAUAACAAACAAUGUAGUGCAUUAUCUUUACAGGUGGUAAAAUUGUAUAAUAAAGGUUGCAAAGUAUACAU